UUUGAUGACGGCACCGCAGGGAGCGGUGUUCCCGGCUCAAAAGUUUUCAGGCUCGCACUUCUGAGGCACAUUUCCUGGUUGUAAUUGUUUAUGUCAGAGACAUAACAGUUGUUUCUCCUGACUCAUUAAAAGGAACAUGGCUGAUGGUGAUACACAGAGAGGUGGGGACACUGUGGAUGCCAAAAUCAGUGGAAAUGGCGAGACUACUGAGGGCAUGGAUUGGAACAGCAACAGCAACAAAGCAGCAGCUUCUGACCCUUACUGCUACAAGAUGGACUACCCGUGCAUCGGCACCUGUUUGGUUAUCAACAACAAGAACUUCCACAGGAGCACAGGGAUGGGCAUUCGGAACGGAACAGAUGUUGAUGCUGGAAAUGUUGUGCAAACCUUCGCUAAGCUGGGUUAUAAGGUUCAAGUGUUCAAUGACCAGACUGUGGCUCAGAUGAAAAACCUGGUGUUAAAUGCGUCCAAACAGGACCACAAGAACAAUGCAUCAUUUGUAUGUGUGCUGCUUAGUCAUGGAGAUGAGGGUGUGAUAUAUGGCAUCGAUGGCCCUGAAAGGCUUGAUACCCUGAUAGAGUGCUUCAAAGGACACCACUGUAAGAGUCUGGUGGGGAAACCAAAGCUCUUCUUCAUACAGGCAUGCCGUGGUUCAGUCCUGGAUGAUGGAGUCAUCGAGACUGAUAGUGUAAAAGGCGAGGAGGGAGCUGAGGUAUCUGAGAAAAUUCCUGUGGAGGCAGACUUCUUGUAUGCCUAUUCCACAGCUCCAGGCUACUACUCAUGGAGAAACACAGCCGAUGGCUCCUGGUUCAUACAGGUGUUGUGUGAGAUGUUGCAGCGCUAUGGUGAAAAGCUGGAGCUGAUGCAUAUCAUGACCCGGGUCAACUACGGUGUGUCACGGCACUUUGAGUCCUCCUCCGCCUUGCCUGGAUUUAGUUGCAAGAAGCAGAUCCCCUGUAUCGUCUCAAUGCUGACCAAAGACUUUUACUUUCCUGUCUAGAUUUAUAGUUUUGUAACUAAAUGAUCUUUGCUGAUCUCUUGUGGUGUGCUACAGGCAAAGCAGGAUGACACUGACUUAAGGGCCACUAUACCCAAACGCACAAGUGGCACUGAGCUAAAAGGGAACAAAUCAGUGAGAUUUCUGCUCCCUCUGAACUGUGUUUACAGUUGGAUGAUUUCAGUUUUCAGCCUUGUUUGGGAAACAUGAGCCAGUUUUUAGCUGUAGCUUUUAAAUUAUGUAACAAAUAAAAAAAUAUGUAAGUGCU